GUGGAUCGAUACGGCAGCGCCAUCAAGGCUCUUGUUGUCACCACAACCUUACCGCGGACCACCAGUGCCUGCCCUGAUCCCUGAUCCACCUUUAUCAUGGGUCACGCACCAAGCAAGCUCAAGCCCGAGCAGAUUGAUGCUCUGGCCAAAGAGACAAAGUUCACCACCGAGGAGAUCCAGCAGUGGUUCAAGGCUUUUCGCAAGGAUUGCCCCUCGGGCGAACUCAGCCGCAAGGAGUUCUGCCGCAUCUACAGCCAGUUCUUCCCCGCCGGUAAUCCGGAGGAGUUUGCCGAGUACGUCUUUCGCACAUUUGACAAGGAUGCCAACGGCAAGGUGAACUUCCGCGAGUUUAUGUGCGCCAUCUCCGUGACGUCACGCGGCACGGUCGAACAGAAGCUCGACUGGGCAUUCCACCUGUACGAUCAGAACAACGAUGGCUUCAUCACUCGCGAGGAGAUGAUUGCCAUUGUGCGCUCCAUCUACACCAUGGUGGCAGACAAGUCCCAGCUGCCCGAGGACGUCAACACACCCGAAAAACGCGUCGAGAAAAUUUUCAGCGUCAUGGAUACGAACCACGAUGACCGCUUAACACGUGAAGAGUUUCACGCAGGUGCCAAGAAGGAUCCUUCCAUCAUGGGUGCCUUGAGCAUGUGUGCGUCCAACGUCUCAUUGUUCGUGCCCGUCCAUGUGCAACCCUUGCCCUGA